GGCGCAAGUGGCGACAUUACUUUUGAUGCAUAACUUUUGCUCAUAGUCGGGUAAUAUUUCAGUCGAUCAAGAUUGACGUGAGAUCGCGACGUCAUCACGUCACAAUUUCAUUGAAACUAGUUUUCGGAGCGGGAAUGGUAUGAAGACAUAUCGGUUUCGAAAAUCAAGAGAUUGCAAAAAGUUACGCGUAUCACAAUGCCGCCAAGUAGCUUACGGGUAGUGUACGCGUUCGCCAGAGAAAUGCAUCCGAAAACGACCGAUGUUUUCAUACAAUACGGCACAGCCGGAUUUCGCACAAAGGCCAUCUUAUUGGAACAUGUCGUCUACCGCAUGGGAUUGUUGGCCGUUAUCCGCUCCAGGGUGAAGAAUGGUCGCACAAUAGGAAUGAUGAUAACCGCAUCGCACAAUUUGGAACCCGACAACGGUGUGAAGUUGGUUGACCCCGAUGGUGAGAUGCUGGAAGAAGAAUGGGAGGCUAUUGCGACGAAACUUGCUAACGUCAGUGACAAUGACUUGGAAGCGACGACUAUGGAGAUCAUACAGGAGGUUCAGGCUGAUAUGACCCUCAAAGCCAGCGUAUUUAUUGGAAUGGAUACCAGGUACACAAGUCCUCGACUAGCUGCAGCAGCGGCGAAUGGCGUGAUAGCUCUGAAGGGGACACCGAAAGAGUUCGGCAUUGUGACCACACCUAUGUUGCAUUUUUUCGUCAAAUGCCGCAAUGAUAAUACCUACGGAACUCCCACCGAAGAAGGAUAUUACGAGAAAAUCAUAGGCGCAUACAAGAACAUGCGCAAGAGUCUACCAACUAUUGGGGAAUACUCCCCUUGUUUGUAUGUAGAUGGCGCUAACGGCGUUGGAGGCAAGAAAUUAAAGAAUGUGAAGAAAAACUUCGACGAAGACGAACUUGAAUUGCAUCUAUUUAACUUGGGCGGUUCUGGAGAGAAACUUAAUUUAGGUUGCGGAGCUGACCAUGUGAAAGUGACACAGACUCCAGCUAAGGGUAUACCGAGCACGCCGUACCAACGUAUCGCGUCCCUCGACGGAGAUGGAGACAGAUUGGUGUACUAUUAUACUGAUGACAAGGAAAAAAUGCAUCUGUUAGACGGAGACCGUAUUGCCACAUUACUCGCGUCGUACAUCACUGAGCUGCUGCAGCGCUGCAAGACUACGGAGAUACAGCUGGGCAUCGUACAGACUGCGUACGCUAACGGAGCUUCAACCAAAUAUAUCACUGACACACUUAAAAUACCAGUACAAUGUGUUAAGACCGGAGUGAAACACUUACACAGCGCUGCACACAAGUACGACAUCGGCGUGUACUUCGAGGCCAACGGACACGGCACCGUACUGUACAGCAGUAAGGCUAAGAAGGUCAUCGGGAGGAUAGCUCAGGAGGGCGACCCAGAGCCCCGCGAAGCAGCGAAGCUACUAAUGCAAUUUAUUGAGAUGACGAACGAGACAGUGGGCGACGCUAUAUCUGACCUCCUACUGGUGGAGACAGUGCUCUGCGCGCGCGGCAUGUCCGCCCUGCACUGGAUGCAGCUCUACCGGGACCUGCCUUGCAGGCAGCUCAAGGUUACCGUCAAGGACCGUAACACAAUCCAAACGACUGACGCGGAACGUCAGUGCACAACUCCUGAAGGAUUACAAGAACGCAUCAACGAGCUGGUGGCAAAGUAUUCCAGUGGAAGGGCCUUCGCUAGGCCUUCGGGGACUGAAGAUAUUGUUAGAGUAUAUGCAGAGGCUGAAACUCAAUUGAAAGCAGACACGUUAGCAGCGGAAGUAUGUCAAGCAGUAUUCGACCUCGCGGGCGGUGUAGGCAACCGACCCGAACUGCCUACAGCUUCAGAAGAAUAACAAAACACACGCUACUAGAUAGAAUAAGUACCUAAACUGACUUAGUCACUAAUAUUAGAAUUUAUAACGGGAUAUUUUUACUGAAAAUAACGUGAAAAUUAAUAACUGAGAAAAGCUCGACUAGUUUCAAGUCGCAACGGGACUCUUAUUCAUGGGUAGCGUCAACUCUUAAGUUUUUAUUCAAAACACGGGAUAUUUGCCGUAUUUUUGUAUUUUAUACUAGUGAACAGGAUAUUUCCGCGUUGAUCAACUGUUCACAAUCAGGACUAAGGUUCUAACAGUCUUUUUUUCUUACUAGAUGGCGUUGAUGUAGCGUAAGGUUGAUUUUUGUCCUAUCA